AUGGAAAGUCACGAAGCGAAUGGUCUAGAAACUUCUGCUUUCAGAACAAUAUCCAUUUCUGUUGGUAUUGGAUCCAACUCUAAAGAAAAGUGUUUCAAGAAACUUUCAUGCAACAUGGUGUCACCAUGCUCUUGUCGGGUUGGGCGUUCGUCAUUUGCCGAAGCAAAUAAGCGACUGCAAAAGCUCGAUCGGGAUUAUCAUCACACCAAUGAGAAGUAUAUAGAACUACAAUCGGAAUGGUAUAGGCAUUGCGCUGGACGCUGGUAUAGGUACUGCGAUAGACGCUCAAACCAUUACAGUCGAUGGAUUGGAUACUGUAUUAGUCAGAGCGAGGAUGCGGUGGAGCAACUACAAAUGGUUCUUGACAAGCUGAAUACAGAAGAGGAAGCACCAAAAAGAGGAAGAGACACCUCUAGUAAUAGCAAGCAAUUCUUCUUGAUGCACGGUUGUAAAAGCAUGACACAAGAAAAGAUGAAAUUACGACUAAAAUCAGAUAACAAAGAGGAGUACAAUGAUGACAUGAGUCAAGAAAAAAUAGAUGUCCAAAGAAUUAAUGACAAGUUGAACUACCUACAACGAGUAAUUCCAAAAAUUACCAGCAAGAAACCUAUACAUGAUUUGUUGAGGCCAGUUAAAGAGAUGAAGAAGUUGAUGGAAAAAGCUAUUUUGAAUGGUGCAUUGGUGGGAAACCACACAAGUCAAGACGAUAUGAAAAAUUCUACAAGUAUCGAAAUAAAGAAAACUUCUACUUUCAAAACAAAAUCCAUCUCUGUUGGUAUUGGAUCCAACUACAAGGAAAAGUGUUUCAAGAAACUUUCAUGCAACAUGUUGUCAUCAGGUCCUGGCCUGGGUGGGCGUUCGUCAUUUGCAGAAGCGUAUAUGCGAUUGCAAAAGCUCGAGCGAGAUUAUCAACACGCAUGCGAGAAGUAUACAGAAUUACGAUCAAAGUUGUAUCCGUACUGCGUUGUAAACUCAAAGCAUUACAGUAGAUGGAUUCGAUAUUGUAUCGAUAAAUGCGAGGAUGUGGUGGAGCAACUGCAGAUGGCAAUACGUGAAGCUAUGAUUCAGGCACGGAGACUGAAUUUCAAUGGAUCUCCUGAUCAAAUCGGACUCGCUUCAGGUGAUACAAGCGAUCAAUCGAGACUCUCACAUAGCGGCUAUACACGGCAUCCUAUCCGACAUUAG